UUUUGCAGUGACAGGUGGGCGGGUUCACUCCAGCAGGUGACCGCUGAGCUACUGUACAACUCUGUGGAGAGCUUCCCACUCAGACUCUUGAAGAUGCAUAAACAAUAUACCUCAGUCAGCCCCACCGAUGACAUCACGGUGAAGACGGAGAAUGGACCUCAGCCGAGGAAACAUCGAUACGUUCGCAAAGAAGGCAGCUGCAACGUCGUGUUCCGCCACGUUCCCGAGGAGUGGCUGCUGUUCGUCACCGACAUCUUCACCACCCUGGUGGAGAUCAGGUGGAGGGUGAUGUUCCUGAUAUUCGCCCUGUCUUACAUCCUCUCCUGGCUCUUCUUCGGCAUCCAGUACUGGGUCAUCGCCCUCGCUCACGGUGACAUCCAAAACCAGACGAACGAAAAUCCGUGCAUGUACGAGGUGCGGAGCUUCACCGCCGCUUUCCUCUUCUCGCUGGAAACCCAAACCACCAUCGGCUACGGCUUCAGAGGGAUGUCGGAGAACUGCAUGAUCGCCAUCAUCAUCGUGACCAUACAAGACGUCAUCAGCUGCUUCAUCGACACGUUCGUCAUCGGAAUCGUGGUGGCCAAAAUGGCGUCGGCUAGGAAGAGGGCGCAGACGGUGGGCUUCAGUACCUGUGCGGUCAUCAAUCUUCGGGAUGGUUUCCUGUGUCUUUCCUGGAGGGUCGGGGACUUCCGCAGGCAUCACCUCGUGGAGGGGACCGCUCUCGGCCAGAUCGUGCGCUCGACGGUGCACGCCACCGGGAAAAUGGACGUGACCUACGAGGAUCUGCUCAUCCAGCAGAAGUACAUCAUCCUGGCCACGCCCACCACCAUCUCCCACAGGAUCGAACCCGGCAGCCCGCUGUACAAGAUGAGUCUGGCCGAUCUACGGAAAUCGGACUUUGAGCUGGUGGUGUCGUUCACCUACACGGACGACUCCACAGGUAUACUGCAUCAGACCCGGACCUCGUACACCCCUCCUGAAAUCCUCUGGGGUCACCUGUUCCAGGAGAUGAUCCGGGUCAGCAGGAGGCACUACAGGGUGGACUACAUGCUGUUCAACCACACCGCAAAGGUUCUGGUGCCGGAGGUCAGUGGCGAGGAGUACGAACACAGGAAGCAGCUGAGGCCCUCCCCCCGACAUUCCCCUCGACAUUCCCCUCGACCUUCCCCUAGGCAUUCCCCUCGCCUUUCACCGAGAUCCUCCCCGCGCCCCUCUCCGAAGUCCCCGCAGCGAAAUCAUGAGGAAAAACUCCUGAAACCUCCGACGGUAACGGUGGAACUUGUAAAUGACACCCGCACCGAAGCAACUGUUUCAACAUCUCCAGCAGACAGUCGACAUCAUGACACUUUGACUCUGCCAAAUGACAUCACGAGUUCAGAGAUAUAAAAGAAGAACCAGGAUGUUGGAGGGGUCCAGACACUGUGCUUUUUUUUUUGGGGGGGGGGGGGGGGGAUUUGGAUGGUGGUGAAUCUAAUUAAAUGCAGGAAGGUUGACAGUUCUGUAGUCUAUGUUUUUCAGCAUUCUUUUUGUUUAAAGUGAUGCUCCAGCUAAAUCUGAGUCUUGAGAACAAAGACCCUUUGUAAGCUUGAAAGGUGACACCCCUCCGUUUCAACCAAAGCUUUACAACCAGCUCAUUGGCUAAAUAUGGGAUAUUGAAGGAAUUGUUAGAUAUGUUUUUCAGGGGUCAAGAUCACAUCCUCGAACUUCUCAUCAGAAAGAUAGUAGCGCUGAAACUCUGGCUACUACAGCAAUGCUUUAAGCUUAAUGUCGAAGUAGAGAAGACAGCAAACUCUAUAUGAAAAUUGCCAAAAUUCUGACGUGUAUCAUGCAUACUGUUUACCAUACCCACGUCUCUAGUUUAGCCCGCUAGCUUUAUAACAAUAUCUAAUGAGAUAGGAUUGGUUGCUGUCUACCAAACUGGCCCCUAUCCCUAUGAAACAUUGCAUUGGACGCUGACAUCAUUGUUGCAGAAGAGUUUUUUGGAUUUGUCUUUGGGAGCAUUUUAACCAGAGUGGUAUGCAGGAGCAAGAGCAUGGCUCAGGGGGAAUUCAUUGAGAAUGGAUAGCGGCGACUAAUAGCUCCUGCUAUCUGCUUCGACUCAAGGUCCAAUUUAUGAGGCGCUACUGAUAUUCACCAGCUAAGGAUACAGGUUUUCUGAUAUUUUGCUGAAAACACAAGUGUCUGGGACUAACCAUAUAAAGUGAGAGAGCAGUAAAUUUUAAAGUUUAUAUGAAUAAUUUCUAUAAUUUAUUUUGUUUUAACUACUGUCACUGUUAAGAAGGGUUCAAAUUUGAGAUACUAUCACCAUGGGGCAUCGGGUCAGGAUGCAGGAAUUCAACAAGACUUGAUUUUUAUGUAACAGGUUUAUUUCUUUUCAAGUUAGGUGAGUCAUAAGGGUAACAUAAGACACACAUGGGAUUGAACAUCCAUGCUGAAAGACAAAAUAAAAUACUAUUAGUACAAUAAACAAGCAAAUUACAUUACUUUCUGAAAGGAAAUAAAGAUAAAUAAAGUGCUUAGGACAAAUUAAAAUGGACUAGAUAGUAACUAAAAAUAGGAGUGAACGCCACCUUACCAUUGCUGAACUGCCGCCCCAUGUGAGGAUGAAAACAUGAGUGCAGUCUUAAAUAAGGAGUAGGCAGCUGAAUUCAAUCUAAUUAAUUAGUGACAGAGUGCAAACAACAACCAAUCAAGGGGGAGAGGAGAGAGUGAGAAACCAGGAAGUGUACUAAAGGAGGUGCAGUAGGAAAAGAGAGGAAGUGAAAGGAAACAAAUAGUGAUCUUUACUACAGUCACAUAUUGUCCACUUCCACUUCAUGUCUACAAACCCCCCAAUGAUGAGAAAAGUCCAUCCUCUCCGUCUUCUGCCUGCUCCACUUUUCAGAAAAUGUGUGCUCAAACAGGCCGUUUGGAGAUUUUCCCUUCAUGACAUCACAAAGGGCAGUAGCCCCUCCCCCAGGUGGGUGACACUCCCACAGCUAGGUGUUUGUUCUGCCCUCUGAGUCUGCCUUCUCACCGUAAACAAUAGGACAUGGAGCGAGAAAGACCGAGUACACCCGAGCCCUUCCAGAGAGGGGGCGUGGUCAGACACAGCUCAUUUACAUAUUUAAAGGUACAGACACAGAAACAGCCUGUUCUGAGCAGGGCUGAAAUAGAGGGGUUUAUAGACAUGAUCAAAUACAGGAUCAGAGUGGAUUUAGAACAAGAAACUUCACACACAUGAUUUGAGGAGCUCUGAGACUUAUUUAAACUGAAGAAGAAGAGGAGGAGAUGUCACCUUUAAUAAAAAAUAUGAAUCUUUUUAUGUUCAGGCUGAGGAUUGUUCUUUGAAAUAUUGAUUGUAGUAUUCAUCCUAAAGUAAUUGUAGACCUGAUUGAUAAUAAUAAUAAUAGAAGAGGUGUAUUUUUAAGUGGUUUGGAAAAGUUUUUGUUUUUUUUACUAAAUGUGGAGCUCGUGGUGAAACGUCUUAACUAAAGUGUAAGAAUGAUGUGAUGAAUACAACUACACAUAAACUUAAAAUAUAAGUUACUUUUUUAAAGGUAGAGUCAGUAGAAAUGUUCAUGUAGUUUGUAAACACAAUAUUCAAACAUGGCCCCUCCUCCUGGGUUCAUCACCCCCAGAAGCCCCGCCCCCUGCAGGAUGUAGUGUGUAUGUUUACUGCUUGUAGCUACACUGCAAGCUAACACACGCUAGCACAAGCUAACCAUCUGUGUUAGCACCUGCCUGUCCAACAGGAAGCAGACCAACGCCACGUCCACGGGUAAAAGACAACACAAUUUAUCCCCUUGGUGUUUCCCCUCACUGUGAUUAUAUUUUCUCUUCCUUGCUGUAUUCCCCGGUUUGAAUCACGUCCAAUCACUGAAUUGUAUCCACUCCUAAACUCACCUGCUGCGCUCUCAUUGGCUGGAGGAAAACACACCAGCUCCGCCCAGAAACGUCCCGAGUCAACCAGAACAAAGCAGAACAGUAAAAUCCAGUCAGAGGACAGAGUCUCUGCAGAGUCACCACCUCACAUGUACGGAGGCCCAGAAGGGACAGCUACUGACUCUACCUUUAAGAGGGAUGUCUCUACAUCUAUUAAGAGUAAAUAUCAAGAUGUUUUUAUUUUAAAUUUGAGUGGAAUUUGAGAGGACUGUCCCGUGUUGUGAGCGUUUGUAUGAGAAACAUGUAAUAAAGUUUUCUUUAUGUUUGUGGUGGUUGAAUAACAUGUUUGGUAA